CUCUAGCGCAUAUAAAAACAGAGCUAUGUUGGCCAAUCUGUACCCUGCAUGAGCAAGGACCAACUUGGCUCACUCACCACCACAUUCUUACGUCAGUAAAAGCCACGAUGUUUGAAUUCACGCAACUCGUCACCUACCUGGCUACCUUCCUUAGUGGCGCCCUCUUCGCUAUGUACAGGAGCUCCAUUGAAGCCCAGAUCAUCCGCCUUUCCAAGUCUGCCACAGCUCUUUCAAAGGACUUGCGCCUCUCUCUUUACUACGAGUUCCAUCCUUCGGAAAAGCCGCUGACAAGCUUGGACGUAACCUCCGUGCACAAGCCGGGAACAUGGCAACGAUCGGCUUAUGACAACUAUGUUUCUGUGCUUCUAAAUGAAGACGACGUUUUUCCCUGUGUUUAUGCCACAAAGGGCUUCAAGUCAAACGAUCAACUCUACUUGUUCAUCGACACCGACGACCUGUCCGAUCGAAAUCACAUCCGUGUCCUUGCUAACGCCCUCCAGUACUACCUUCCAAGGGCCCGAGCCUUGGGGCCCAACACGUCUCUCGUCCUUCUCGCCAAAGAGACAACAAAUCCGCGCAGCAUGACCGAAUACAAUGAUGCGUUCUGGAAACUCCUGAACGGGGUCGCCGAGUACGACACGGUGCCUUGGCCGUCUACCAUUCCCCGUGACAUCGACAACGAUCGCUGGUGCCUGUGCUUUGGCGGGGAGCCGUUCUUCACGGUGAUCCAAACGCCCGCGCACGAAAUCCGCCGUUCCCGCUAUGCGAAGGGGUUGACGAUCGUCUUCCAGCCGAAAUGGAUCUUCGACAUUCUUUUCAGUUCCGAUGCGAAGCGGGCUGGGGCCUUGGCGAAGGUGCGGGCACUGCUUGCCAAAUACGAUCCGAUUCCCGUCAGCCCGGAGCUGAAGAACUACGGAGACCCAGGAUCCCGCGAGUCCAAGCAAUAUUUUCUCUUGGACGAGAAUAUUCCAGCGUCGUGCCCAUACAGCCGACUUGCACCCGGCAAGGUGUAUUAGGUGUGACCAUUGUCGUCUAUGCCCGAAAU